GAAAAAAUCUAUCGAAGCAAAAUUAACUCAAACGCAAACUGGCUAUCACGCACAGCUGGACGCACUUCAACAAAAGACAGAGGAAUGUGAGCAUUUAUGUGAAAAGGUUACAACCUUAGAGAUAAAGAUGAGUACCGAGCCAGACGAAAAAUCUCAGUACGAGGAUAAACUAGAGAAAAUGAAGCAAGAAUUAAACAAAUUGGAAACGGAGAAGCGUAAUCUACAGAAAGAAGUCCGUCACAGCGACUCUCGCGCAACAGAAAUGGAAUUGCACAGAAUGUCUCUAGACGGCGAUCUCCAAAGAUUGCAAAUGAUGCUGCAAGAAAAAGAAGCGCAUAUUCAAAAACUGCAAGACCGCUUUGACACACAAAGCCGUACCACAGCAAGUUUAGAGGAACGUUGCGCUUCGUUAAAAUUUACUAUAGAACAAUUAAAACUAUCAUUAGAAAAACAUCGGCUACGGAAAGCGAGCUUAAGAGUGAAAUAAAUUUGUUACGACACAACGUAAUGGAGAUCACUACUUCCUCUCAAAGUAACAAUGAAAAACUCAAGCAGCUGCAGAAACAACUCUCGAAUGCCGAGAACGAGCUAGCUAAUAAUGAGGUACAGCGAUCAGCUUUAGAAUCGCAAUUAAGCGUUCUAUGAAUAUCUCAAUUAUAUCCCGCGAAAAAUUAGAAUUUAUAAUGUAGACAAAAUUAAAAA